CAUAAACUCCUGGAAGACGGCCGGAGCGAUGGACAGGCCGUACGGCAUGACCCGGUGAAUCUCCUCCAGUGUCUCUGAUCACCAGUCCCAGGAGAACUCAACACUUUACUCGUGACUCUCUCUCACUGAGCUGUGAGGACCAGAGUAACUCUACUGGAUGGACAGUGAGACGAUACACAGACAGUGAAGGAGUGUUAGAUUGUUCACGGUGGGGAUCAGUUACAGGAUCUACAUGUAACAUCAGCUUCCUCUCCACAUCCUACACUGGAGUUUACUGGUGUGUGUCUGAAUCUGGAGAAAACAGUAAUCCCGUCAACAUCACAGUUCAUGAAAGACCACAGACAGUACUGAGUGUAUCUCCACAGAACUGGCUGACUGAAGGAGACUCAGUGACUCUAAGCUGUGAGGUUACAGACUCCUCUACAGACUGGACAUUCAGCUGGUACACAGUUGUUCCCCACAGAGACGGAUUAACUGCAAUACAAAAUAAUUGGGGCUAUUUAAUGUAUGUGGAGCUUUUCUCAGACAGCAGCACAGGAUCUGAAGGCUCCUACACUCUCAGUCCUUCUGCUCUUCAUCACACAGGAGUUUAUGUGUGUAGAGGAAAGAGAGGAGAACCAGCCUUUCACACACUGUACAGCAAUCCACAGCCUCUAUGGAUCUCUGGUGAAUCUCCUCCAGUGUCUGUGAUUAUCAGUCCAAACAGAACUCAACACUUUACUCACGACUCUCUUUCACUGAGCUGUGAGGACCAGAGUCACUCUACUGGAUGGACAGUGAGACUAUAUACAGACAGUGAAAGAGUGUUAGAUUGUUCACAGUGGAGAUCAGGUACAGGAUCUACAUGUAAAUUCAGCCUCCUCUACAUAUCCUACACUGGAGUUUACUGGUGUGUGUCUGAAUCUGGAGAAAACAGUAAUCCUGUCAACAUCACAGUUCAUGGUGAGUCUUCAUAUGGUGAUGUGAUCCUGGAAAGUCCUGUUCAUCCUGUGACUGAGGGACAUCCUCUGACUCUACGCUGUUUAUUUCGUAACACAAAUCCCUCAAACCUCCGAGCUGAUUUCUAUAAAGAUGGAUCAGUCGUCCAGAACCAGACUACAGGAGAGAUGAUCAUCCAUAAAGUCUCAAAGUCAGAUGAAGGUUUCUACCACUGUAAACACCCAGAGAGAGGAGAGUCACCGAGAAGCUGGAUCUCAGUCAGACAAGCUCCAUUCUCAGUGCUCAUGCUGAUCAGUAGUGUAGUGAUGGCAUCUCCAUAUCUGCUGAUCACCAUCAUUCUGCUGGUCAAAUGUUACAAAGCUCGAGCUCACAGUGAUGAAGACAGAAUUGAGAAUGCAGUCAUAGAGGAGUGAACAAAGUUCAUCUAAAAAAAGACGAUGC